GGGAAGCUUGUUCCAUGGGCAGUGUACCGCCUUCCUUGCUACGCUACCUACUAGGGAGGCAUUAUUGUUUGUAGUUUCUGCCUUGAUACCUGAUUUGACACGACGUGCGACGACGACAAUCCAAAAAGAAUACGGAGUUAUUCGACUAUCCUCGAACCACCGAAUCGUAAUUUAUCAAAAUGGCGGAGCUCGCGGUGUCACCACCUCCCCCUCCCCCUCAAUGGGUUGUAGAUCUUAAUACUCCACCAUUAUCGAAGCCGAAAUCAGCAGGCAUUCCAGAUCCUCCAGGAUACACAGCUUCCUCUUCUUCAGGCCGAAAACAACCCACCAAAACCCCCCGACAACCUCCAACUCCCGCCGAAAUGGAUACACUGAAGCUCAAGAAAGCAUGGGAAGUGGCUCUGGCCCCCGUCAAACAACUUCCAAUGACGGCGAUUAUGAUGUACAUGUCAGGAAAUUCUCUUCAGAUAUUUUCCAUUAUGAUGGUGGUUAUGGCAUUCAAAAAUCCCCUGAUGGGGCUCAUGGCUACAAAUCAAGCAUUUGAACGUUUUGAGAGCGAAGGAACAAGAGGGAAAUUAGGUGUAGUUAAACUGGCAUAUGUUGCAUGUCAAGUGAUAGCUUUGGCGCUGGGAAUAUGGAAGGUUAAUGGAAUGGGAUUACUACCUACUACAAGGUCGGAUUGGUUGGCUUGGGAGACAGUAAGGGAUCCUCUAGAACGAGCUAUCCCGGCUUUCUGAGGUAUUUGGCUUGCGAUGAAUGGACGUUAUGGCGUUAGGAUAUCAUGGAACCAUGAACAAAUAGAGCAUGGCUCAGGGCGUAUAUGUCGCGCUGAUGCAACAAAAGUCCCGUAAGCGAUUGUCAAACGACAUAGUACAAAUUUCAAACAAAACACAGCAGAGAGACUACCCGCAACAUACGUGCGCAGUGUUGGAAAGUGAAAGCCUUAUGUUGCACCAUCUGGAAUAUCGAACAUGCACUCAUUCGAGGUACGCCACUGUACAAAACUCCAUACUAGUGCAUCCUGAUCCCACCCUCUAACUUUUGAGGCAUCUAUUGUGUCCUCACAUACAAAUGUCGAGUUCGAAUGAUGCA